CGUGCACCGACGGCCUCACAAACUACCUAAUCGAAUGUGCCUGUGACUUGCUCUUGACUUUUCUUAAAGAAUCGGAAAAGCAGGCUAGCUUGUGCUAGCUGAUCAUCGCCUGUGGCUGACACGCGCCUUGUGUUAGGGUGCAUAAGGUUCACAGGAUAGCUGUUCACUACUGGAGAAUGAAGUUAUUUUCUUUUCUAUGGUCCUCAUCUUCAGUUUCUUUUUUAUGGUCCUCAUCCUCAGUUUAUGUCUGUGGCUGGACUUUGCAGUCUGAAAAUCGUGUGGAGUCGCCCUAAAAAACCCUGGGCAGCCCCUGGCUGGGGUCAACAAAGUGGCCUUAACUUUGUGCCUGGAAGUCGAAACAAUAAAGGUUUUCUCUGUGUGCUGUCACCGUUGCCUUUGUGUUAUCGUUGGUAAGGCGCUAUGGAGCUGAACAUGGAGUACUGCAUGGAGCAGGUGAUGCAAAAGGACUUGGGCCGGCGGCUACAGGUAGGCCAGGAGCUCAUUGACUACAUUCUUGACCCAGAGAAGUCAGAGGACUUGGAACAGGACCAGACCAUGCUUGACAAAACGGUGGACGGGGUGGCUACUGGAUGGGUCAAUUCUAGCAAUUUCAAGGUGGCUUUGCUGGGGAUGGACUUGCUGGCAGCUUUCGUGACGAGACUACAGGACCGGUUUAGGACACACAUUGGAACUGUUUUGCCAAGCUUGAUAGACCGGUUAGGUGAUGCAAAGGACCAAGUUCGAGAACAGGACCAAGCUCUUCUCCUCAAGAUCAUGGAUCAAGCUGCUAACCCACAAUAUGUGUGGGACAAACUGCUGGUAGGAUUCAAACACAAGAACAACAGAACCAGAGAGGGCGUGUGCCUCUGCCUUAUCUCCACCUUAAAUGUUUAUGGAGCUCAAGGCUUAACCCUCAGCAAAAUUGUGCCCCACAUAUGUAAUCUCCUGGGAGACCCCACUAGCCAGGUGCGCGACGGGGCCAUGACCUGCCUGGUGGAGAUCUACAGGCAUGUGGGGGAGAGGGUGAGGAUGGACCUGGGGAAGAAGGGAUUACCACAAUCACGGUUGAAUGUCAUUUUCAGUAAAUUUGAUGAAGUCCAAAGAUCAGGGAACAUGAUCCUAUCUCCUGUGUCAGAUAAGAAUUUUGAGGAUGAUGACUCGGUGGACGGUGGGCGCUCCUCGUCUUCUAAGGGCGCCUCCUCGGGAAAGAAGACGGUGAGCAUGGGCUCCUUCAAACGCCCAAGCUCCGCCUCCAGCACCAAGUCCACAGGGAGGGAUGGGACGGGUGCCGGGGCCGGGGCUGUGGAUGAGGAGGACUUUGUCCGUGCCUUUGAAGAUGUGCCCACCAUGCAGCUCUACUCCAACAGGGAGAUGGAGGAUGCCAUGGCCAAGGUGCGUGAGGUGCUGUCCGACGACAAGCGAGACUGGGAGCACCGUGUCGUGGCGCUGAAGAAGGUGCGCUCGCUCGUCCUGGCCGGGGCGGCCGACUUCGACGGCUUCCCCCAGCAGCUGCGUCUCUCCGAGGCGGCGUUCAAACAGUCGGCCAAAGACCUGCGCUCCCAGGUGGUGAGGGAGGCCUGCAUCACCCUCGGACACCUGUCCACCGUCCUGGGGAACCGCUUCGACCACGGGGCCGAGUCCAUCAUGCCCGCGCUCCUCAACCUGGUGCCCAACAGUGCCAAAGUCAUGGCCACCUCGGGCAUGGCCGUGAUCCGCAUCAUCAUCAGGCACACACACUACCCCCGCCUCAUCCCCAUCAUGACCAGCAACUGCACGUCUAAGUCUGUGGCUGUGAGAAGGCGCUGCUAUGAGUUUCUGGACCUCCUGCUGCAAGAGUGGCCCAUGAACUCUUUGGAGAGGCAUGUGGCCGUCCUCAUGGAGACCUUGAAGAAGGGGAUCCACGAUGCAGACUCCGAGGCCAGAUCAGUCGCCAGGAAGUGCUACUGGGGUUUCCAUGGCCACUUCCACAAGGAGGCGGAGCAGCUGUUCCAGGCCCUGGAGUCGUCCUAUCAGAAGGCUCUGCAGUCCCACCUGAAGUGCGCUGACAGCAUCAUGUCCCUCCCCGCCUCCGACCGCUCCUCCUCCAGCUCCCAGGAGAGCCUCAACCGCCCCCAGUCGACCAAGGGCACCGUGGGGAGCAGCAUGAGCAGGCCUAAAGCGGCCCCUGGCAGGGUGCCCACCUCCACGCCCGGCUCUCUGCAGCGCUCCCGUAGCGACGUGGACGUCAACGCCGCCGCCAGCGCCAACGCCAAGACCAGGAUGUCGGCCGUGCCCCCGGCCGGGCCCUUCAGCUCUGCCUCCGCCCUGCCCCCCGGCUCCUACGCCUCUCUAGACAGCACUCCUGGUUAUGUGGAGGGUCGUGUGCGUACCAGGAGACAGAGCUCGGGGACCAGUCCCUCGGUGACGGACAGCAGGGGGCGGAGCCGUGGCAAAGUGGUGUCCCAGUCUCAACCGGGCAGUCGCUCCGGCUCCCCUGGCAGACUGCUAAGCCACACGUACGGCCGGAUCCCUCGCCCCACCGUCACCCCCACGGCCCCGCCACCAGACAGGCGGCCCAAAGUGCCCCGCAGCCAGGGCUGCAGCCGGGAGACCAGCCCCAGCAGAUCAGGACUGGCGCGGAGCCGCAUCCCCCGGCCCAGCAUGAGUCAGGGCUGCAGCCGCGACACCAGUCGUGAGAGCAGCAGGGACACCAGCCCCGCGCGGGGCUUCUCUCCCCUGGCAUCCAGACGCCACUCUCGCUCCACCAGCGCCCUCUCUUCCACAGAGCCUCUGAGCCAGUCAGACCGCCUGUCCCACCAGGCCCGCAUCUCGGCCUCCGUCAACGCCAUGAGGAUCCUCAACACGGGGACUGAGGUGGAGGCAGCGGUAGCUGACGCCCUGCUGUUAGGAGACUCCAGGAACAAGCGCCGUCCCGUCCGCCGGCGCUUCGAGUCCCCGGGCAUCUACUCUGACGACGACGCCAACAGCGACGCCAGCAGCGCCUGCUCCGAGCGCUCGUACAGUUCGCGCAACGGCGGCCUGCCCCACUACAUGCGGCAGACGGAGGACGUGGCCGAGGUGCUCAACCACUGCGCCAGCUCCAACUGGUCGGAGAGGAAGGAGGGCCUGCUGGGCCUGCAGAACCUGCUGAAGAGCCAGAGGAUCCUCAGCCGCGUGGAGCUGAAGAGGUUGUGUGAGAUCUUCACGAGGAUGUUCGCAGACCCACACAGCAAGGUGUUCAGCAUGUUCCUGGAGACCCUGGUGGACUUCAUCACCUUACACAGAGACGACCUCCAGGACUGGCUGUUCGUCCUGCUCACCCAGCUGCUGAAGAAGAUGGGGGCCGACCUGCUGGGCUCCGUCCAGGCCAAGGUCCAGAAAGCCCUGGAUGUCACCAGGGACUCGUUCCCUUUCGACCAGCAGUUCAACAUCCUGAUGCGCUUCAUCGUGGACCAGACCCAGACCCCCAACCUAAAGGUGAAGGUGUCCAUCCUGAGGUACAUCGAGUCGCUGGCCCGCCAGAUGGAGCCCACGGACUUCGUCAACUCCAGCGAGACCCGCCUGGCCGUGUCGCGCGUCAUCACCUGGACGACCGAGCCCAAGAGCUCCGACGUCAGGAAGGCCCUGCAUAACUGGGCAGGGGAGGAGUUUUCAGGCAGGCCCAGCACCAUAGCCUCUCUGCCUGGGGAGGGCAACCUGGAGGAGAGGUGUAAGCAGGCGGCCCAGGUGGUGCUGAUCUCCCUGUUUGAGCUGAACACCCCAGAGUUCACCAUGCUGCUGGGGGCGCUGCCCAAGACCUUCCAGGACGGAGCCACCAAGCUGCUCCACAGUCACCUGAGGAACUCCAGCGCCACGGGGUCUCCGUGCUCCAUGGUGGGGCGCACCCCUCCCCGGCACCCCAGUAGCCGCAGCAGCCCCCUCACCUCGCCCACCAACUGUUCCCACGGAGGGCUGUCCCCCAGCAUGCUGGAGUACGACACAGAGAACCUCAACGCAGACGAGAUCUACAGCUCGCUGCGCGGCGUCACCGAGGCCAUCCAGAGCUUCAGCUUCCGCAGCCAGGAGGACCUCAUCGAGCCCAUGAGGCGCGACGGCAAGAGGGAGGACGUGACGGGGUCCGGGGCGGCGUCGGAGGCCGAGCCCCGGGUGGACGUGGUGGAGGGGGGCCGCAUGGCGCUGGACAACAAGACGUCCCUGCUGAACACGCCCUCCCCCAGGUCCUUCUGCGGCCCGCGCGGCCGCGACUACAACCCCUACAACUACAGCGACAGCAUCAGCGCCUACGACAAGGCCAGCCUGAAGGAGACGGUGUACGAGGACGACGUGGACACGCUGCGAGACGGGCGUCACCAGGACUGUGGUGAAAACAAGAUCAUGCACCCCAAGAGCUUCCCUCCUGCCGGGUCUGCGGAGCAGCUGGAGCUGGUGGCGGAGCUGCUGAAGGAGCUGUCGGUGGCCAGCGAGCGUCCGGAGGAGCGCCGGGGGGCGCUGGUGGAGCUGCUGAAGGUGGCCAGGGACGACAGCCCCGCCGUGUGGGAGGAGCACUUCAAGACCAUGCUGCUGCUGCUGCUGGAGACCCUGGGGGACAAGGACCACACUAUCCGGGCGCUGGCCCUGCGCGUCCUGAAGGAGAUCCUGAGGAACCAGCCGGCCCGAUUCAAGAACUACGCCGAGCUCACCAUCAUGAAGACCCUGGAGGCCCACAAGGACUCCCACAAGGAGGUGGUGCGCGCGGCAGAGGAGGCCGCCUCCACCCUGGCCGGCUCCAUCCACCCAGAGCAGUGCAUCAAGGUGCUGUGCCCCAUCGUGCAGACGGCCGACUACCCCAUCAACCUGGCCGCCAUCAAGAUGCAGACCAAGGUGAUCGAGCGCAUCGCCAAGGACUCCCUGCCCACCCUGCUGCCCGACGUCAUCCCUGGGCUGCUGCAGGGUUAUGACAACACAGAGAGCAGCGUGCGCAAGGCCAGCGUCUUCUGCCUGGUGGCCAUCUAUUCUGUGAUUGGUGAGGAGCUGAAGCCCUUCCUGGCUCAGCUGACGGGGAGCAAGAUGAAGCUGCUCAACCUGUACAUCAAGAGAGCCCAGACCUCCACCAGCAACAGCAGCAGCUCCUCUGACAUCUCCUCCCACAGCUAACCCACUCGCCCCGCCGCACCUCUCCCCCCAGGGGUCUGGACACACCCGUCCACACACCACACACCGCAGCCAGGACGGAGACACACGCGCGCGCAUCUAAAUACACACACGCUCUGUUUUGAGGGAAAGACAAUGGUGUGUGUGCCUCUCUCUCUCCACACCUCCUCAGAUAGACUCCCGACUCAUGAAGGCCGCAUUCCUCUUCGGGGAAACCCUCGCCUCUCGCAAUCAGUAUUGAUUUUAUGAUUAUUAUAUUUUUUCUUGUUUAGUGUAUGUUUAUGUAUUUUAUAGGUGCCUAUAUAUAUAAAUAUAUAUAUAUACAUAUAUAUAUAUAUAUAUAUAUAUACAUGUACACUUUUUAAUUCCACGUUUUAGAUUUGAAAUUUGACACUUUACACCUUAUAUAGUAUAAUGAAUGUAAAAAAGAGCUUUGGAUGACGGUAAAGUUUUCCCAGGAGAUUGGGAUGUCAGACUGAGUUUUGCUCUGUACACUACUGCCUCAUUGCAUCCUGUGGAAUGGAUAGAGGGUUUUGAACCAAGUUGUGGGCAUUGGGAAUAGUAAUGCAUUUUUCACAGUAAUAUAGUAUUGCGCCGCCUUACGCAGUUUUACAUGGAGAUGUUUCGAUACGUUUGUUAAGUGGUCUUUGUGAAGAGGUGGAAAUGCUCUGUAAACAAUCUUUUAAACAUCCCUUUGCAUUGGUGGCAAAUUAUCAUUUGGCUGGCCAGUGAUUACUUUAACAAGAGUUAAACACUUAUAAGACUGUAUAGAUUAGAGACAGAAAUUCCCUUAAACACAAUGGUUUGGGCCCAAUAAUGAAUGAAGCCCAUGGUAUGGCUUCUUCAAUGGAUCACAAUGCCACCUCUAGUUAGUAGUAGAGAAAGGGUUGGUGGAAGUGUCAACUUUUUAUGCUUGGACAUCCACAAGCUGUAACAAGUGAGUCAAGACUACUGAGGUGUUUAGUACUCUUGUAAUCAUUUCCUAAAUUGAAUGUAAAUCACUCAUUAGAGUUUUUGAACUUUCAAAAUGUGAAGUAGUUUGUUGGAAUGCAAAGUUUUUUUUUGCAAGAAAACAAACAGGCAAUACUUAUUUGUCUAUUGGGCAAUACCUAUAAUCAGAAUUUGACAAUAACGGGACAACAUUGUCAACAUUUGGAGUUUCAGAAAAUGGAAAAGGCUCAAAUUGAAGACAGGUAGUUUAGUCUUUUGAGCCUUUGAAGAGCAAUAAGUACUCACACAAAUCCAACUUGGAUUGACUGGUCAUGUCAAAGCACUGUAAAUUCCAUCCUCAUUGGAGAUGCUCUCAGCUGAUCGAUGUAUCGACAUUUAAAGUGCACCUAUAAAAUGUUACUGCUGCUUAAAGAAAUAAUAAUCACAGCGCUAAACAUUGGCAAUGUAAGUACUGUAUCCAUUCUGAAUGUUCCAGGUACAGUUUUGUGAAUGGGCAAGAGCAGCGUGUUACUGAAGACUAUCAAGCCUUACUCCGUCUCUGAAAGGAAUUGACUGUUACAUGUCGUGUUACAGUUAACAUUGUCUUGAUUUUUGUCCUCCAAUGUGAGAACCCAAUCUGAUCAGCGACGGACAGAAUGUCGCGUACACUGGGGUCUUAUGACAUUGCCCAACAGUAUUCCUUUGUUAGACCUUUGCAUGUCGCAAAAACCGAGUAUUUUGUACAGCAUGUAACUUUGAAUCAUCGCCUCACAACUUUAUGAACUGGUCAGCAAUCCUUGUUCUUUGCAUGGACGGGAACGUGCAAGUCACUACAAGAUCGGUUCUUACAUUCCCCGUGCUGACCCUAGGUAGAAGAUGUUGCUGCCUGUGUGAAUCUAGUCUGCUCGUACAAUGUAUAUCCAACACACAGUAGAUGAACGUCAACGCAAGCAAGCUAACUCCCCCACCAGACCAAAGUUGUAUGCGGUAGCCUUUUUCUGCAGUGUCAGUCACAUUGGCUAAGGUUGAAAACCACCUUAUCCUCAAGUCAUGUGUCUUAUCUGCGUGUAUCUGUGUGUGCCUUUUUUAUUUCUACAACACACCGGCCUACUAUAAUAGAUACUAACAGUUUGUGUACAUUUGAAUUGGAAGUCUUUUUUUCCCUUAUUUCGACAUACUACAAAAAAAGUGCUAGGUUGAAGACUAAUGCUUGUGUAAAUAAGCUAUAACCGAUGAUGUAAUGGCAAUAUUUUCCAUUGGUGUGUUGGCUCUUAUAUACUGUACUGUACCUUGUAAACCACUUACAAUGCAUGCCUUUGUUUAGCCUCACCUUUCACCCCAUACUAUAUUUAUAUUAUGUUGUGUUUUCUGUGUAUUAAGACAAAUGUACAUAUUUUCAUGUUUUGCUCACUUUCUCCUGUGAUAGAAUUUGCAAAAACUUGAAAUAAAACUUGAAAUAAAACC